AUGACGACAAGUGUUCCUCGACCUGGCCCCGCCAACCUGGGCCCCAAUGCUGGGCUGGACGAGUGGCUGGAGGAGGCCAAGCAGUGCCACUAUCUGCCCGAGAGGGCCAUGAAGGAGCUGUGUGAAAAGGUCAAGGAGAUCUUGAUGGAGGAGUCCAACAUCCAGCCCGUCUGCACGCCCGUCACCGUAUGCGGCGACAUCCACGGCCAGUUCUACGACCUGCUCGAGCUUUUCCGCGUCGCCGGUGGCAUGCCGGGCGAGACAAACGUCCAGGCGCCCAAGUCAGCAACCGCAGUCAUCACCUCGGAGGACAUCGAGCCCCCGACCGAAAUCACAAACCCGAAGCUGAGGAAGAAGCUAAAGUCUCCCGGAGGCGGGGCCGAUUCGGGCGACGCUGAAGGCGACGAGGACGGAGAGGAAGAGCAGCAGGGAGCCGCCGAUGUGCCCGCUGUGAAUACAGUCGCGUCUUCGCAGAGCGCGGAGACUCGCUUUGUCUUUCUUGGAGACUACGUCGAUAGAGGAUACUUUAGCUUGGAGGCGUUUACAUUGCUCAUGUGCUUGAAGGCAAAAUACCCAGACCGCAUUGUUCUCGUCAGAGGAAACCACGAAUCUCGUCAAAUCACACAAGUCUACGGCUUCUACGAAGAAUGCCAGCAGAAAUAUGGCAACGCAUCCGUAUGGAAGGCAUGCUGUCAUGUCUUUGAUUUCCUUGUUCUCGCCGCUAUAGUUGACGGAGAGUUGCUCUGCGUCCACGGUGGUUUGAGUCCCGAGAUUCGGACUAUUGAUCAGAUUCGGGUCGUUGCCCGUGCCCAGGAAAUUCCUCAUGAAGGAGCCUUUUGCGACCUCGUGUGGUCAGAUCCUGACGACAUAGAUACAUGGGCUGUGAGCCCUCGAGGAGCCGGAUGGCUAUUUGGAGACAAGGUGGCCACCGAGUUUAACCACGUAAACGGCCUAAAAUUGAUUGCGCGGGCACAUCAACUUGUGAAUGAAGGCUACAAAUAUCAUUUUGACGAAAGCUCUGUCGUAACAGUCUGGUCGGCUCCCAACUACUGCUAUCGAUGCGGCAACGUCGCGUCAAUAAUGACAGUGGACAACGACCUGGCUCCCAAGUUUAGCAUAUUUUCUGCGGUUCCCGAUGACCAGCGGCAUGUACCUGCAAGCCGUAGAUCGCCGGGCGACUACUUUUUGUGA